GACCAUAAUAAUGUAUACAAAGAGUACUUUUUGACAGAUUUUGUUAUCACAUACAACAAAUUUCUACUAUUUUAAGGCCGAAAAAUUGAAUUAAUCAUGCCGGCGGUAAUUGUGGGCCCUCCUCAACGUAGCGAACAGAUGUGGCGAGCGUUAAAAACCCAUAUUACAAGAGAAAGACAACGAAAGAAACAAGAGCAAGAAGCAGAUGCAGAAGAAGAACGCUUAAGGAAAGAACGAGAGCGACAACAGAAACAGGAUGUGAUGACUUUAGGUGAAACUAGAGAACAAAUAUCAAAUUUAGAAAAUGAACUUUCACAAUUAAAAGAUGAGAAACAUCAAUUAUUCCUGCAGUUAAAGAAAGUUUUAAACGAGGAUGAUAAUAGAAGACGACAAUUAAUUAAAGAAAGUGUAUGUCCUGAAGUUAUAACAGCAGUAGGAGGAUAUCCUGGAACAGGUCCUAGAGUAGUUCAUCCACAAUUAUUUCUUCCUUUACCAAGAAGUAAUAGUCCCCUUUACAAAGUAGCUGUUGGUGCACCAACACAUACUUUAUUACCAACUGGGCCAUUAAAAAGAACACAUAGUCCCUCACCACCCCCAACAGCUUCUCCUUAUCAUGCUGGUUAUGGGUAUAAACCAACACCUUCAAUACCAAGUUAUAAUCCUCCACCUUCCAAGAAUAAUCAAUAUUCUGCCUCAAAUUUUUAUUCAGCGCCUACUGGUCAAAGUGUUUAUAGUUAUUCUGCGCAAACUUCGCAACCGUCCCGAGAGCCUGAACCAACUAAAUCUGUGUACCUUUCAGGCAAUAGAACAACAUUAUCGACACAUCAAACUGCGUAUGUUACAAGUUUGCAUUCAUUGGACCAUAAAGGUGCCUAUGCAGAAGAUAAAUUUUAUUUAAGGCCAAGUAGUCAUGUUACUGUUCAUGGUGGGGCUAUUCCAAUUCAGCAACCUCCACAGGGCGCUAAGACUGGAGGAAUUACAUCUGGAUAUCCUGUAAGACCACCGCAACCACCACCAGCACCAUAUCCCCCGCCACCACCAGGUACUUACGUUAGUGCCUCUGGUGCUAAUGUUCCUGGUCGAUUGUUAUAUACUCAGCCUGGUGCUCGUUAUCUUCAGAGAGAAGUUUAGGAUACUAAUUUGCGGACGCUUAAAUUAUCUGAUCUUAUUAUUUAUAUGCUUUACAGUCAUCACUAAAUUGUAAAAAAAAAUCGUAUUUUUUAUGUUGUUAAACGCCAUACUAUAUACAAGGUGGUCUAUUUAAAUGAGGCCACCUAAAUAUCUUUUCGAAUUGUGAUGGUAUAAAAAAUAUUUUUUGUCUAAUAUGAAUGGUAUUCAAAAGGCUAACAACUGGUAAGGAUAUUUUUUUUCAAGUACUUUUUCAGUCAUUGAUGUUUUUUUUUUAUCAAUUGUCGCGUCUUGACCAAGGUCUGUGAUUUUUUUUUUUUUUUAUU